UGUCACUACAAUACAAAAUGUCGACGGAGACAGAGACGCAGGAAAACCAGAUCAAUCUAUUGUUGGUGAAAAUGGAGGCACUCGAGAAGGAACUUGAGCGCACGGAGCAGCAGCAGGAGCCGCCCAAUGGCAAUCCGGAGGAGCAAGUCCGCAAGCUCAGGGCUCACAACUUGCGGGUCAAAUAUCUGAAUACUCAGCGUCGUCGCAUCCUGCGCCAGUUGCAGGGCAAGAUGCUGCAUUAUGCGACCCUCGAGGAACGUUUGCACAGACUCGGCGAACUUGUGCUCAUUGCAGAGCUCCAUUCGGGUGUGAAGAAAAUCAAUCAGCGUCUGGACAAGAUGGUGGAGGACUCAAGGUGCUCCAUUUGCCUGUUGCCCUGGACGGAAAAUGGAAUACAUCGCCUGGUCUCGCUCCGUUGUGGCCAUUUGUUUGGCAGCAGCUGCAUCCACAUAGCCAUACGGCGCAACCAUCGCUGCCCCAUCUGCCGGCGACGGGCUCGCCACUUCCACGUGCGCAGGAUCUACAGUCCGAGCUUAUUGUCUCAUUAAUUCGACCAUCUCAAUUUUUGCGUUUUCAUUGAAGUUUUCAUAUGUAUGUAAAAACGUUCUUUUAUGGUUGAUGUUUGUUCAAAAUUCAAGUAAAAACAUGAAACACCUUA